ACACACACACAUAGCCAUUCAUUCACUUACUGAUGAAAUCUAUAACCAAACACUUUAACUUUCAGAGCUCACUGCCAUCUGGUGUUAAUGUGGACACAGUCAGGUCACAAUGCAAUGAUAAUACCAUGGAAACCGAGUCACAGAUAGACAGAAUGAGCAAAGACAAGAGUGGAGCGCUCUUUCAAGUGAUGGAAACCACAAAAAAGGCACUAAAGAAGAUGCAUGCUGAUAAUGAAGCUUUAACAGAUGCCAUAGCAGAUUUCAAUGAGGAGCUGUCUCCUCCGCUUCUUACUCCCUAUGGCUCUCCUGAGUCUAAGAAGUUUAUCAGGGUCAUAAAGAAAGAGCCAGAAGAUCAACAGGAAAAAGAAAACAAUGUCACAGAGCCAAAGGCUGAGAGGGUGAAAGUAGAACCUCUCACUUUUGGCGACAGUAACAGUCCCACGCACACAGGCUCAAAUCAGGAUGAGCUCUCGUAUCCUCCUCUUCCCUCCACCACCUUCCCCUCCAUUCUGAGCAUGGAAGCAGCCUCAUACAACAUCCCCCAGAAACCAGAAGUCCAGCUUGCUCUCAUCAGGAACCCCGCUGGCCUCUCUGUGCUCUGGAACGUGGAGGAGAAAGACCCUUCUGCGCCGCCCAUGGAUUGUUACAGUCCAAUAGCUCCAACAAAUGCAGCUGAGAAAUGGAUCAUUCUUUUGGUCGAGUUUGGAGGACACAGCCGGAUGUAUUCUGUUUACUAUAAUACAUAACAAAGUAAAGCAUCA